AUGUCUGCUGGAUAUUCUCCAACAUAUGACAAGGACAAUCAUGUUCUUCCCACUUUCAGAGGAAUUCCUAUCUCAGAGUUGAAGAACCAUGGCAUCCUCCAGGCCCUGACAACAAAAGUGAAUGGAUGGGAGGCAGAUGUUGUAAAUACAGAGGUGCUCAGAGCCCAAGAAGAAUGGGAAGCUGUGGACAGUAUCCAGCCAGACCAAGGGAGCCAGGCCAUUUCAGACCAGCCUGGGCAACUCAUCUCCUUCAGUGAGGCCCUGCAGCAUUUCCAGACUGUCGACCUCUCCUCCUUGAAGAAAAGAAUUCAGCCAACCAUUCGAAGGACUGGGCUCGCUGCCCUCCGGCACAUCCUCUUCGGUCCUCCAAAGCUCCACCAGUGCCUUCAUGAAGAAAGGGACUUGAUCCUGACCAUUGCUCAGUGUGGCCUGGAUUGCCAAGACCCAGUGCAUGGCCGAAUCCUCCAAACCAUCUACAGGAAGCUAACCGGCUCCAAGUUUGACUGUGCCCUCCAUGGAGACCACUGGGAAGAUUUGGGCUUUCAGGGACCAAAUCCAGCUACAGACCUGAGAGGAGCAGGCUUCCUUGCCCUCCUGCACCUGCUCUACCUGGUGAUGGACUCCAAGACUUUGCUGAUGGCACAGGAGAUUUUCCGACUAUCUCAACACCAUAUCCAGCAAUUCCCCUUCUGUCUGAUGUCAGUGAAUAUCACCCGUAUCGCAAUCCAGGCCUUAAGGGAGGAGUGUCUCACCAGGGAGUGUAAUCGGCAGCAAACAGUAAUCCCAGUGGUAAACAGUUUCUAUGCAGCCACUUUCCUCCGCCUUGCCUAUGUCUGGAAGACACAGCAGAAAACCAUCUCAGACUCAGGCUUCGUCCUCAAAGACUUGGAAUUGUUGGCCAAGAAGAGCCCAAGGCGGCUGCUUAAGACCUUGGAGAUCUAUUUGGCUGGGGUGUCAAAGGGACAGGCCUCCUUGUUGGGAGCACCGAAGUACUGUGGACCCCAAGCUUCUCACUCCAAGGAUCUCACCUUCACAGGUGUGUGUGAGCUGCCACUCCACUCAUCUGAAGGCACGUGGACAAUCUGA